AUGACUAAAUCACUAACAGCCGAGCAAGAAAAGAUAGUUAAUACAUUGACAGAUACAGAGGAGUUAAUGACUAAAAGUAAGGUUAACUUGAAAAAAUGCCCUAAAUCACGACUUACAAAGGGGUACAUACAAUCAAGAAUUCAGUGCGUAGAAGAGUACUGGAAAGUGUUUACCAGCUCUCAUCAGCAGUUAACAAUGAUUACACCACGAGAUAAAAGAAAUGUAGUGCCGUAUUUUGAGAACGAUGUGUAUUCGGAGACGGAAGACCUUGACUUAAGUUUUGCUGGGUGA